AUGCUGCAGACCCUUUGGCAUUUUCUGUCUAGCUUCCUUCCCAGGGCCGUGUGCCAAGGUCCUGCAGAUGAAAAAGAGGAUGAGGCCAGAAACACCACCUCACUUCCAGGCCCCGGGGAGAAAGGGCCAAAGAUGUUGGGGAAGCCACAGGACAGAGGGACUGAUCCCACUGAAAGGAGACCAACUAUCCUACUGGUGGUUGGACCCGCAGAGCAUUUUCCAAAGAAAAUUGUGAAGGCUGGAGACAAGGACCUGGAUGGACAACUGGAUUUUGAGGAAUUUGUUCACUAUCUUCAAGAUCAUGAGAAGAAGCUGAGACUGGUCUUCAAGAGUUUGGACAAGAAGAAUGAUGGCCGAAUCGAUGCCCAGGAGAUUGUACAGUCUCUUCGAGACCUGGGAGUCAAGAUCUCUGAACAGCAAGCUGAGAAAAUACUGAAGAGAAUAAGGACGGGACACUUCUGGGGUCCUGUCACCUACAUGGAUAAAAACGGGACAAUGACAAUUGACUGGAAUGAGUGGAGAGACUAUCACCUGCUGCACCCAGUGGAGAACAUUCCUGAAAUCAUCCUGUAUUGGAAGCACUCUACGAUCUUUGAUGUAGGAGAAAACUUGACCGUCCCGGAUGAGUUCACGGUGGAAGAGAGGCAAACAGGGAUGUGGUGGAGACAUCUGGUUGCAGGUGGAGGUGCAGGUGCUGUGUCCAGAACCUGUACAGCUCCCUUGGACCGCUUGAAAGUGCUCAUGCAGGUUCAUGCCUCCCGCAGCAACAACAUGUGCAUCAUUGGUGGUUUUACUCAAAUGAUCCGAGAGGGUGGGACACGGUCGCUGUGGCGAGGGAAUGGCAUCAACGUGUUGAAGAUUGCACCAGAAUCUGCCAUUAAGUUCAUGGCCUAUGAGCAGAUCAAGCGGUUCAUUGGGACUGACCAAGAGAUGCUGAGGAUUCACGAGCGGCUGUUAGCUGGUUCCCUGGCUGGGGCCAUCGCGCAGAGCAGCAUCUACCCGAUGGAGGUUCUGAAAACCCGAAUGGCUCUAAGGAAGACAGGACAGUAUUCAGGCAUGUUGGAUUGUGCCAAAAACAUCCUUUCCAAGGAAGGAAUGGCUGCCUUCUACAAAGGCUACAUCCCCAACAUGCUGGGGAUCAUUCCCUAUGCUGGUAUCGACCUGGCAGUCUACGAGACGCUAAAAAACGCCUGGUUACAACGCUACGCUGUCAACAGUGCUGACCCCGGGGUCUUUGUUCUGCUGGCCUGUGGCACCAUCUCCAGCACCUGUGGACAGCUUGCCAGUUACCCGCUGGCUCUUGUGAGGACACGCAUGCAAGCCCAAGCUUCAGUGGAGGGUGCUCCCGAAGUGACGAUGAGGGGACUAUUUAAACACAUUCUGAAGACAGAAGGAGCAUUUGGUCUUUACCGGGGUCUGGCGCCGAACUUUAUGAAGGUGAUCCCAGCUGUGAGCAUCAGCUACGUGGUUUAUGAAAACUUGAAGAUGACCCUGGGUGUGCAGUCACGGUGA